AUGGCUGGGCUCGGUGCAGCACUUCUGCUCUACACUGCACGGAGUGUGGAGGACGUUUCAAGCAAGAGCCUCAUGGUGUGGCCCGUGGAGGUGGUGGUGUGGGACGCGGUGGUGGCAGCAGCGGAGGCGCGGACGGUGGCCGUCCAGAGGAGUCAGCAACACAUGGGCUCUGGAGGCAGCAGCACGUCUCUUUCGCAGAAGGAGAAGAGCCCCAGCGAUAAGAAAACCCAGUCGCCCUUGCACAGGUUCAGGUCACCUUCUGGAAGAAGUGGAAGCCCCAACGGCGACGAGUACCAAGCCGCCCUGGGCAAACUCAAGCAGGCCAAGGCAGCCGUCUUGGCGUCGAAGUCGACGGAGCAGCAGGCGCGGUUUCCGUCGGAUCAGCUCGCAGUACAGCGUCAGAAGCUCCAGACACAGUCAUCAGAGAUGGAGGCCCUGGUUGACGCCAUCUUCGAGAUGAGCGAUCGCCGCGGCGAGGUGGCGCAGGAGACCAGGGCCACCAGGCAGGAUGUCCAGCCACUCGAACCAAAGCUCAGCAUGGCGACGCAGGCAGCGACGCAGGAGGCCACCAGGGACGUCGACCUCCUGCAGACGCUCCAGGGCGUGCUGGCCGCACGCAUGCCAGAGGGCAGCUUGGCCCCACCAGCGCUUCGGGACGCGGUCGCGGAGCUGGCGUCGCUGCUGCAGAAGCAGGGCGAGGCGGCCGUCGGCGCGCCCGCGCCGCUCGAUGCCGAGCUCGACGCCGUGGACGAGUCCCAGCGGGCACGCCGCGCAGCCGGUGCCAUGUCGAAGGUCGCGGAGGGCAUGGCCGAGAUCCAGGGGGCCGAGGGCCCCGAGGCCAAGAAGGUCAAGGUGCAGCAGGCCCACGCCGUGGCGCCGCACAACGCCACGCCCGCGGGCGGGCCGGAGUCCCUCACGGACACCUACCGCCUCUCCGUGGUGCGCAUCCACUCCAUCGCCACGCCGAUGAAUUGGUUCGCCCCGUUCCAGAGGGCCGCGGACACGGGCGCCAUCGGCUCCGGCUUCGCCUCCGAGCUGGAG